AUGAAAUUUCUGUUCCACAUGUAUGACUCAGACAGCGACGGCCGCAUCACCCUGGAAGAGUAUCGAAAUGUGGUGGAGGAGCUGCUCUCCGGGAACCCACACAUCGAGAAGGAGUCGGCCCGCUCCAUCGCUGACGGGGCCAUGAUGGAGGCAGCCAGCGUGUGCGUGGGGCAGAUGGAGCCUGACCAGGUGUAUGAGGGGAUCACCUUCGACGACUUCCUGAAGAUCUGGCAGGGGAUAGACAUCGAGACCAAGAUGCACGUGCGCUUCCUUAACAUGGAAACCAUCGCCCUCUGCCAUUGACCCGCCUGCCCCCCGCAGAGGCCACGCUGUGCCCACAGCCUCCCGUGGGGCCCGAGGCUGCCCGGCUCCUAAAA